CAUAAAAAGGCAACGAGAAACAGAGACGGGAAGAAAGAAACUCUUUACAAAGGAGCAGAACCCAUGGCCGGAUUACUCGGAUCGCCUUCUUCUUCAGCAGCAACCGUCUUAGCUUCUAGAAGAUUCCCCAAAUACGCGUCUCGUUCUUUCCCUUCAACAGCCGCUGGCUGUAAUUACGGGAGGAAUUUCCACGGAGAGCUUGGAAUUGAGAGUAGGAAGAAGAACAGAUCUCGUUUCCAUGUCUCUGUCGCCAAUGUCGCCACUGAAAUCAGCUCAGAGGAGCAGGCUCAGAAGCGUGCUGCUGCUAAAGAAAGCCAGCGACCUGUAUAUCCAUUUUCUGCAAUUGUAGGACAGGAUGAGAUGAAACUCUGCCUUCUGUUAAAUGUCAUUGAUCCAAAAAUCGGUGGUGUCAUGAUCAUGGGUGACCGUGGGACCGGGAAAUCCACCACUGUCAGGUCUUUAGUAGACUUACUUCCUGAAAUUAAAGUAGUUUCUGGUGACCCAUUCAACUCUGACCCAGAAGAUCCGGAAUCCAUGGGUGUGGAAGUUAGAGAACGUGUGUGGAAUGGUGAGCAGAUCCCUGUCAUGACGACAAAGAUCACUAUGGUUGAUUUGCCACUUGGUGCAACUGAGGAUCGUGUUUGUGGGACCAUCGAUAUCGAGAAGGCACUCACAGAGGGCGUCAAGGCAUUUGAGCCGGGCCUGCUUGCUAAGGCCAAUCGAGGGAUUCUUUAUGUUGAUGAAGUUAAUCUCUUGGAUGAUCACUUGGUCGACGUGCUUCUGGAUUCUGCUGCCUCUGGAUGGAAUACGGUUGAAAGAGAGGGGAUCUCGAUUUCACAUCCUGCUCGAUUCAUCCUCAUUGGAUCGGGAAACCCGGAAGAAGGUGAGCUGAGGCCACAGCUUCUUGAUAGGUUUGGAAUGCAUGCACAGGUGGGAACAGUGAGAGAUGCAGAACUGAGAGUGAAGAUUGUGGAGGAGAGAGCGCGGUUUGACCGCAAUCCAAAGGAGUUCCGGGAUUCAUACAAGGCGGAGCAAGAGAAGCUGCAACAGCAAAUUGAUGCAGCUAGAAGCUCUCUUUCUUCUGUUCAGAUUGACCAUGAUCUCCGCGUGAAGAUCUCCAAGGUGUGUGCCGAGCUGAAUGUUGAUGGGUUGAGAGGUGACAUUGUGACGAACAGGGCUGCGAAAGCUUUGGCUGCUCUAAAGGCGAGAGACAUAGUAAUGGCUGAGGAUAUCGCAACCGUCAUUCCCAACUGCUUAAGACACCGUCUUAGAAAGGACCCGUUGGAAUCCAUCGACUCUGGGUUACUCGUCAUUGAGAAAUUCUAUGAAGUGUUUAGCUGAGCGUGGUAACAAAUCAAUCCUUUUUUAUUUUAAGCAGGAUUGUCUUCCUUUUUGGGUUGUUCGUUACCUUUCUUGUGAUAUGUUUUCUACGUUGUGAUACACUUUUGGUGUUUGAUAUUGAGGGAAACUGGAAACUUCAAAUGGCUUAUUUUAAAGGUCAGGAUUCAAGAAGAGUUUAGUUUUCCUGCCUGUUAGGGUUUUCUUGCAUCUGUAAUUUCUCUGGAUCCUAACAUUGUAUACGAAACAGUGGUAUGUUUUCUGUAAUUUUGGUCAUUUUCUUGCA